UCAGUUGUAGUCGUUUAAAACCUUCAGUUGUUGUAGAACUCUUAUUAAAAUAUAAAAAAUCCUUCGUGUGAAGUAACCUUUUAUAAGUUGUGAAAUGUCAUAAUUUUAAUAAAUUAAAUUCAAAAUUAAAACAAAUAAAUAAAAUGAAAUGUGUUAUAGUUCUCUAGCAAAAACCGUUUCAUCAAUACCGCGUAUCGGACAAACACGGAGAGAGGAAUUUACAAAAAGAAUAGUAUGCACGAUUUGUAGUCCGCAUGCGCGCAUUUAUUAAUAGUUCAUUUCAGUAUCAAAUUUCUGUAGAAGAAAAUUUUCAGUCUCAUCUUUAGUGAGGAGGGGUGUAGUUGUUGUUGGUGAAAGUGUUAUUUUGUGGAAAACAAGAAUACACAACACAGGAUGGCAGAUACUGUGAAAAAAUCUAGAAUAGUAAGUGAAGAAGAAGAGAAUCUUGAAGAAGCUUUGUUGGAAGAAUUUAACAUGAGACUAAAAAACUGCAUGAGUAAAGACGAUCUUCAAGAGGCGGAUCAGUAUCCGGAAGAAAAUUUCUACGAAAAUAUCAGCAAUAACAUUCGCCCAAUAUCGAAAAUCGCGUUAAUCAGCAACGAUUUCAUCGAAAACGAACGACAACAUUAUUACGACACCCCCGCUAUAACAUUCGAUAUAAAAAACGGCGAUUCUUCCGAAGACCGAAACGACAUUGAGGAAGAAACGGAGCAUUUGUACGAAACGUUACCCGAACCAACUAAGACUGAAAUGACGGACCAAAAUGUUGAAAAAACCGCACCCGAAACGCUUAAUCUUAAUUUAAAUCCCGAGAUCGAAAUGGAUUUGGCCGAUGAAUACGAAACGGUAGAAAAUGAUAAACCGACGUUUAGUUUGAAUACCACGGAUUUUUCAGAUAUUAAAACUCAAGAAGAUAACGUUAAAUCUGUUAAGGAUCGUAUGCUAUUAACGUCAGACGACGCUGCGACGCUUCUAUUUACUCAAACAGUCACUUCUCCUAUGUUAACCCCUUCCGAAGAAAACAUCGACUUCCUUAAAGGCUUCCAAAGAGAAAAUACGGAAACUUCCGAAGAAUCCAACGAUUCUCCACCGAAAGAAGAAGAAAUUUCAAAUAACGAUAUCGAUAACGUUAAAGAAAACAUUUACGAAAAUUUAAAACAACCAAUAGAAGAAAAUAUUUACGAAAAUCUUAAAGAUGUAAAAGAUAAAGUAGAAGAAUUAGAGGAAGAGCAUAUAUAUCAAGAUAUCGACGAUGAUCCAAAAGAUAUUUACGAACCAGUCGAUGUUCCAUCUAAAACAAACAUAGAAGAAGACGUAAUGAUCGAGAAUAUUUUAUAUAAUGAAGUUGAUAACGAAGAGGAAGCUAAAAUAAUCGUCACUGAUCUCGACGCUAGCGAAAAUAGCGUUAACGAUUACGAAUUCGUCUCGGAUAGCGGCGCGAAACUAAUCGAAGAAACCGUCACCAUAGAAGAAUCCAUCGAAGAAUUUAAAAAAGAAGAAAAUCUCGUCGAAUACGAAGAAUCGUCGUUCGAAGAUAAAAUUAAAGAGACUUAUACGGAAUUUUUGUAUCACAGUAAAACCGAGAAUAAUUAUUACGAAAAAUACGCGGAGGUGAUGUCGAAAAAUGUGAAAGUUAAUAAUAGGGAGAAAGAUACGGAAACAGUUCCGCCGGAAAUCGUUAAAAAUUUAAAAAGUCAAUUCCAAAAAGGAGACGGCGACGUUAAUGCGAAUCAAAAAAAGGAAAUCGAGGAUGCUAGUCAAUUGAAGAUGGUCAAUAUCAUUAAACAGAUCAACAAAUUCGAAUUGAAAGAUACUCAAGAAGACGAUGACGACGAUGAUAGCACCGUUACCGAAACCUACACAGAAACAACAACCAUCCAAUCGGAUGUACCCGAAGAAAAAGUUUUGAAGAAAAAGAAAACCAAAAAAUCGAGGAAAGAAGAAAAAGAAAAUAUUUCCGUGACCAAUGUUGAGGUAGUAAAUGAGGACUAUUGCUAUAACGUUAAUGUUAAAAACUUGUGUAGAAGUUUUGGAGAUCUUACCAAAGUUCCUGAAGAAAUUCAUCGAGCUCCGGACAUCAAAUAUAGCGGGAGAUCUAAAUCAAUGAUUGACGUAUUGCUUUCAUCUAACAAAAAAAAUAUCGAGAAUGUCUUUUCUGAAGUCUCUGUGAGGGCAUUGAAAGAAAAGUUUAACAUCGUGGAGAACAGAGAUCCUUUGGGUAUUGUAAAACCGUCUUUCAAAAACAUGCUACCGAAAUCCAGCUUUAGUAAAUUCGAUGCUCUCCAAAAGAAAAAUGUAUUACACAUUAGAUCAUCGGAUUCCUCCAAAGCUCAAGAAAAAUUCAACGGUACCCAAAUCGAUACGACUAAUUGCAAAGCUUGUUCGAAACAAGUUUUUCAAAUGGAACAAAUCAAAGCCGAAAAGGCGGUUUGGCACAAAAACUGUUUCAGGUGCACCGAAUGUAGUAAACAAUUAACGGUUGAAACGUAUGUGAGUCACGAGGGUAACCUGUACUGCAAACCCCAUUUCAAGUCGCUAUUUGCACCUAAAGUUGUCGAAGAUGAUACUCCAACAAGACCAAGAAAACCCGAAUUGAUAAUUCGGGAGAAUCAACCAGUCGAAUUACCUCCAGACGUAGUAAGAGCGAGUGACAAACCUGAUUUGGGUCUUGAGGAAUUACAAAGUUUAAACGUCAAAGAGAGAUUCCAAGUUUUUCAACAACAUCAAACAGAAACGGAUUCCGACAGGAAUCUCACGCCCGUCAACGUCAAAAAAUCGCCAUCUAUAUUAUCGAAACUCGCAAGAUUCCAGGCUAAAGGUAUGGACGUGGGCGUAACGGACGAAGCUUUAAACGGUAUCCCUAUAGAAGAAUCUUCCACCGAAGAAGAGGAAGACGAAGAAGACGUACCAGACGGAGAAGAUCCCACCUUGUAUAGGGCUAAGAAGGUGCAACGAGAGAAACCUUUCCACUUUACCAAUUUAAACGAAGUGAAAAAUAAAUGGGAACAAGGAGAACAGACGUCCAGAGACGAAAGGCGAGAAGAGAGGAAACAGGAGAUCCAAUCUAUUAGGAAUAAAUUAUUUUUGGGUAAACAAGGUAAAAUGAAAGAGGCUUACCAACAAGCGGUCAUGCAAUCGGAAUCUUGCGCGAAUCUAACUAAAGCGGAAAAAAUCGAAUCGUGCGAUACGAAAUCACUCAAAGAGAGAUUCGAAAAAGGAGAACUGAUCAACGAUAAAGAAGAUAGGAACGGAGAUACAGAUGAAACUGAAGUUUUCCAAAGCGAAAUAAGUAAGAAAUCACGAUCUCUGUUCCUCGAGUUGGACGCGAACGCAGCGAAACAACCGCAAACGAUAGUGACCGUACCGAAAGUGGACGUGAAGAAAGUUAGAGAGGCCUAUAAGAAAUCCGUAUCCGAAGAUAUAGUCAGAUCGUCGGAAGUUGAAGAAACUAUCGAAGUAAAAACCGCCGAUAUUCAGCAACGUUUUAAGUUUUUCGAGACGUACAAAGAACCCGAAAAACAGAGGAAACAAUUUAGAAUUACUCCUCCUAGAGAUCCAUCUCAAGUGAAGAAUGAUACUCCUGAUAGAGAAAUCUAUCACGAUCCAGAAAUCAUCCGGUCCGAUGAAAACGUAGACGAUUCCGAGGUUGCCAAAGCUUCGCACACCGCAUCGAAAAUGCUCAGCAAAUUUCGAGAGAUGGAGGAGAAUCGUUCCAAAGAACCAGAAGCAAUAGGUCCUAAACCUUUGAAAAGAUUCACCCCUCCACCGGAGCCCGUAAGAUCGGAAAGUGAAAGCGAAGAAGGAUCUGCAAGCGAAGAUGAAAACGAAGAAGACGAAGAAUAUAACCAAGGUGAUAACCAGAAGUUACCCGAAGAAUUGAUCGAAGCUCAGAAAGCUGCCAGAGCCAAACAGCUCAGGGCCAAGUUCGAAAAAUGGGAGGCGCAAGAAAUAAAAAGAGAACAAAAUCAAGCCAUCAAUAUAUUGGAGGAAUAUGGAGACGAUUCGCAAAUUGAAUCGACAAAAUCGUUGACGGCACGUUUUGAAUCAAUGAGGGAAACAAGUUCGGACAAAACAAGGACACCACGCGUUAAAGUUAAUAGAUUUGUGUGAACGACAAAAAAAAUAACUAAUCGGAAUCGUCCAAAAUAUUUAAGCCUAAUUAAAUAAUCUACAAUUAGUUACUACUUACAAAUUUAUUCGCCUGCACAGUUCCCUUUCUUCCCAUUACUAAAUACCGUCAAGUUCUGAUUGCCCCCCUGAUUUUUCAUGUCUUUUUAAGUGAAUUGUAAAUGUAAAUCUGCACAAUAGAAAUUGCCAAUAAAGGUCGUAUCUGAUAAAUCUUUUAAUUCAAAUUUUAUAUAUAUUUUUUAUUGUAUAAUUAUUGUAUAAUACGUAGUUCAUUUUUUUGAGAUGUCAAAUGUUUGUUUACUAAUACCAUGUUAAAUAAUCAUUUUUUUGGUCCACAUUAAUAUUUUUUUCUAAUAGAAUAUCACGUUAUACUGAAAAUCGAUAUUAAAUUUUAUACAAACACUCUGUAUAUUUUCAAAAACUAGUUAUAUUGUUUUAAAUGUAAAAUAUAAAACUUAACAUAACAAAUUUAAGAAGUUUUUUUUAAAUAUAAAAAAAAUUAAGGGGGUUUUUAAUUUCGUAAUAUACCCCAUUUCGAAUAAAUUAGAAGUUAAAAAAGCCCUUUGUUAACAAUUUUAAUAACUUCUAUUGAAAAAAAAAAUAAUUUAAGUAAACUGAAAUCAUUCAAUUCUCGAUUAUUGAAUUAUGACUAUCAAUUUUAUGAAAAUAUUUAAAAAUUAAUCCAAAAUAUAAAAAAAAGUCUUGUAAAAAUCAGUUUAAUCUUUAUUUUAUCUAUGAAAUCGUCUAGAUACUGAUAAUUACAAGAUUUUCUUCAAAAUCAAUUUUGGAAUAAAUUUGUUUUUUAUAAUAUUAUGUUUUUAUGUUGGUGUCCUUUUUACGAUACAUUUGCAUAAGGAUAUUAUUCCAAUAUCAAUAUUAAGAAAGGGCAGCUGUCAUAUAACUAAUUACGUCAUAGUAUUGUCAAAAUUUGUGUUAAUUACUUCGUCAUACUAAAUAACAAUCUUAUUGCAAGGUUAGAUUCGUCUUCUAUUUUUUUUGUCUCACUGCUAAAUAUUUUACUAUUUAGAUUUCUGGUCUAAUAACGAGAAAACAAGUAGAUUAUAUGGUAACAAGAAAUAAUAUUAGGUGUCAAAUCAGGGCCAUAUGGUGGAUUUUAAUCAUCUAAACUUUUAUUGUUAUUGUGAAUAAAUCGAUUCUUCUUUCACAUUUUGCUAAAUUCUCCAAUGGUUUCUGACAAACAAAUUAUUGUGUACAAUUCAAAUUUGACUAUCUUCAAGAAGUAUUGGGUACCAAAUAUGGGCCAUACGGUGGAUGGAGCUUCCAUUAUCAUUAUUCGUCUUCCUUCCACAUUUUACUAGUUCCUCCAAUGACUUUGGCAAACAAAAUCAUCGUUUACAAUCGAAAAUUGACCGUCUUAGUUUGCUGGUGAUCCCAGAGAAACAUUUGCUUCCAAGGGCUUCUUCUGGAAACAACUUUUGUUUGAUUGGGUUCGUCUUGAAAGACCUACCAGUUUUCUCCAUCAAAUUAGUAUCCUUGUCCAUGUUUUCACCCUAUUUUAGAAGCACUUUCUCCAUUUCAGCUUAGCUAACUCCAAAAUAUACGUUUUCAACACCAACGCAACUUCUUAAGUCGAAAAUUAUCACGCAGCUUGUGUGGGAAGGAAUAAGUGCCAAAUUAGGGCUAUAAGGUGGAUGGAGUCCAUUAUUAUCGUGAUUCGCCCUCGCUUUUACAUUUUACUAGUUCCUCCAAUGACAUACAAAACCAUUGUAUAUAAUUCAAAGUUGACCGUCUUAGUUUGCUGGUGAUUCCAGAGAAACAGGCAACCAUUUUCUUCCGUGGGCUUCUUCUAGAAACAACUUUUGCUAGAUUUGGUUCGUUUUGGAAGACCUAGACAGUUGAUAUGCAAAUUUCAAUGCACCUAUCGCUUCGAGACUGCUUUUGAGUAUUGGUCAAGUUACACGAGCCACAAUAAUUUAUGUCGACGAUCACAGCAUCGAUGUUCUUAAGCCCAACGAGAAAUUUUCGAUGGCUUUCAAAUAUUUCGUUCUAUAGUGAACAUCCACCACGUAUAAUGUAUUCAGAUCACUAAAGCGCUUUUUUUUGAAAAAUAAGUUUAAACGCCACUAAAUGAACUAACAAACUAUGUUUGAGGUUAUGUUCAAAAAUGUAAAUUAUACACCGGAAAUGUCAGUGAUAGUCAUAAACAGUGUUGCCAAACGUUUGCUUCGUUUUUCUUCUAAAUCGAGAUUAGGUUAGAUCGAAAUUUUUAUUUUUACUUUCCUUAUUCUUUUUUGGUGUGAUUAUAUGAAGUGAAAAUUCAAAGAGGAUCACGUGUCCUUGCAAAUGUAUCGUAAUAUAUUAAUAAAUAUUGUUGAAACAGGAGACUUGACGAAACCUAAACAGGUACUACGCAUUAGUGGCAACAACGCCAUUUUGAAAUAUCCGCGUUCCAUACAAUUAAACUUCAUUAUUAAUAAAUCGAAUCGAAAUAUGACAUUUUGAGGUUAAGUUGAUGCUUAUGAGAAAUCAUUUUGGUACCAAAGUUUUUUAAUGAUAUUUUUGGAAGUUAUACUAACUUUCCAUUUUCGCAUUAUAACGGAAAGUUUAGAGAAAAUUAUAGGGAUAAAAAAAUUUGUUUAGAAUUGUGAAAAAAUAAAAUUUCUUAUAUAGAUUCUGUUUAAUGUUCGUCAGGAUGUUCUGUAUAAACAUUUAAGAGGUUUUAGUGUAGAUUCGCGGACUGAGUACUAGAAAUAGUACAGGGAGGUGCAUUAGAGAAGAUUCGUAAUACGAAAAAAUUGUAGAUAAGACCUUUAGAUUUAACAGGCAAUAAUAAUUCUAGAUGGUAAUUUUUCUAUUAAAUAUAUAUCUAGAUAUUUUUAUUAAGUUUUCCCUAUUUUAGUGCUUGUUUCAUAUUUUAAAGUGAUUAUUAUAUAUACUGAUAAUAAUUAGAAAUAAAAUAUUUUGUUGUACAUUCUCGUUUAUGUUGUAAAUGAGUAAUUGUUAGAUAUUUCGGUAAUUCUUGAAUCUGUGAAAUUAGAACCAAAAAAAAAAGAAAUCGUUCCGUCAAUGGAUAUAAUUAUUUUUUAGAUUACGAGAUUAUAAUUUUCGAUAAAUUAAUUUAUAUUUUAUUCGAUAUAUUUGUGCCAAUUUAUACUGAUGUUUGAGUGAAAAUAAAUUGAAUUUUUUAAUGUC